AUGUUUGUGUCUUGUGUUGUAAUGAACUCAUGUGCUGCAGAGCUUAAACUUCUUUUAACAGCUCUUUUAGUUAUUUGCAGUAUUGCUACACUUUUCCAGAUUCUCCCUUCACGUUUUACCAUCUCUGCUUCUGAUCUCCGUUUUUGCAUCUCAAAAAUCACCACUACAACUACCACAACCACCACCACCACCUCCAUUGCUCCCCUCAACAAUACCACCGUCAUGCCUCCAAUCCCAUCUCCACCCUCCACUCAAAAAGAUAAAGUGGCUGACAAUGGUGUUAUAAAGCGAGUGUUUAACCCUUAUGGUUCGGCUGCUUAUAAUUUUAUCACCAUGGGUGCUUAUAGAGGUGGACUCAACACUUUUGCUAUUAUAGGCCUUGCUUCAAAACCUCUCCACCUUUACUCAAAACCCACUUACCAAUGCGAGUGGGUCCCUGAAUCGUCCUCUGCAUCUAACUCUACUUUCUCCACUGUUUCUUACAAAAUCCUCCCUGAUUGGGGUUAUGGUCGCGUUUACACCGUUGUUGUAGUGAACUGUACCUUUUCAGAGCCGGUUAAUGUUGAAAAUUCAGGUGGGAAGUUGUUCUUGGAAGCCUCAACAUCAGGCGGUGGUGAUAAAAAAUUUAACAUUACUGAUAGAUUUGAGGUUUUAAAUGAAUCUCCAGGUGAUUUGAACAUGACCCUUUAUAGUUCAAAGCCUAAAUAUGAUUAUUUGUAUUGUGGGUCAUCUUUAUAUGGUGGGCUAAGUCCACAAAGAGUGAGGGAAUGGCUUGCUUAUCAUGUGAGAUUAUUUGGGCAAAGAUCUCAUUUUGUUAUACAUGAUGCUGGUGGGGUUCAUGAGGAGGUUUUGGAGGUUUUGAAGCCAUGGAUGGAAUUGGGGUAUGUUACAUUGCAAGAUAUAAAAGACCAAGAGAGGUUUGAUGGGUAUUACCAUAAUCAGUUUAUGGUUGUUAAUGAUUGUUUGCAUAGGUAUAAGUUUAUGACUAAGUGGAUGUUCUUUUUUGAUGUUGAUGAGUAUAUUUAUGUGCCACCAAAGAAUACUAUCAAGUCUGUGUUGGAUUCGCUAUCGGAUCAUACUCAGUUCACUAUUGAGCAAAUGCCUAUGAGUAGCAAACUCUGCCUCUCUGCUGAUUAUGGUAGAUAUUACAGGAAGUGGGGGUUUGAGAAGCUUGUAUAUAGAGAUGUGAAGAAAGGCAUAAGGAGAGACAGAAAAUACGCAAUCCAACCACGCAAUGUCUUUGCAUCUGGAGUGCACAUGUCCCAGAACUUUGUUGGUAAAACAACUCACAGGACCGAGGGCAAGAUCAAAUAUUUCCAUUAUCAUGGAACCAUUGCACAGAGGCGUGAGCCAUGCCGGAACCUGCUCAAUGUUACAGAAAUCAAAUUUGAAAACACUCCUUACGUUCUUGAGACCACAAUGCGAGAUCUUGCUUGGUCUGUGAAGAAAUUUGAGCUCAAAAUGAUCGGACCCAAGCUACAAAAUACCCGGCAAUGA